GUGCAAUUUACAGAAGGAAAGAAGAGAGGUUCAAAAUGAACACAAGGAAAUUGUUUUUAGUUACUGGAAAAAUGCUCAUUUCCUUUGGAAUCCUAAGCCUCAUUUCAGGAACUAUUGCCUUUUUUCCUGUUUUUUCUUAUAAACCAGGGUUUGUUGGAUGGAGCGUUCGCAUUGCUUCCCCCAUCUGGAGCGGAUCUUUGGCUGUUAUUACAGGUGUCCUUAUUACUCUGGCUGAGAAACAGUGGACCUCAAGAUACCUGUGGGAAGCUGCUUUUGCCUUUAGCAUCUUCAAUGUCAUCAGCUCUCCUGUUCAAAGCGCUAUCGCCAUGGCAUCUCUCCUUCUGGGCCCCUAUUGCUAUUAUUCUUUUGCUGGGGUUUCAGGUACAAACUAUCUCAGUUAUGCCAUUUCAUCGUUUUUUCCUUAUGGCAAGUUUGCUUCUUCAUGCAAAGAUCCAUUACAUUAUGAGUGGUAUCACCUGGUGUUGCAAAUGCUAGACUUCAUCUCCGGCCUUGUCAUUCUAAGUGCAUCUUUGACAACUGUGAUCAAGCUCACAGCAAGACUCUUCCAGUUUGGACAUUUAAACGGAGAAAGGAAUUCAUGGUGAUCUGGGACCUCCAUACAUCUGGACUGAACUUCACGGAGGAGGUUGAAUGUCAUCUUUACAAAAGCAACAGUUUCUCACAAAUCUCCAGUUAAAUGAUGCAACAAACAUGUUAAUUUAAAGGCAUAAUCAUAUAAGAAUAUAGAUUCUUAAAAAUCCAAAUAGCAUUGUAAACCAUUGUAAACAAUUUGCUUCCCACAUAGUUGUUAUCGGGAGAAUUUGUUUUCAAAAUGGCCAUCCAGAUUCUCUUUAGAACAGGGCUGUCAAACACGCGGUGUCAUGGUGGCGUCAUGUGAUGUAUCACGACUUUCCCCCCCUUCGCUAAACCGGGCAUGGGCAUGGCCAGCACGUGACACAUCCGGCUCAUGGGCCGCAAGUUUGAUAGGCCUGUUUUACAACAUCUAGCAAAAGAAGAUCUCCUGAGGCAGGUCUGUCCCAUUGUUGAACACUUCUUAUCGUUCAGACAUUUUUCAUGAUGCUGAAUUACUGAAAUGUACUUCCUUGUAAAUAAGUCAUUGUUUCCUGUCCUGUUUUAUGAAUAAUAAUGAAUAAUUAUAUCCAUCUUUUACAUGACGGCCAUUCAGAUAAGAUUACAUCCAGGGGUGGGUUCUAAAUUUUUUUACUACUGGUUCUGUGGGCGUGGCUUAUUUUGUGGGUGUGGCUUGGAGGUCAUGUGACUAGGUGGGUGUGGCUACCUGGUCAGAGUCAUUUCUGGAAGGUCCUCGCACUUACGGCCAGUCCUCGCACUUACGAUCCGACUUAUUUGUUUGCUUUUAACACUGAUCAGCUGUAGGACGGCCCUUUGAAGCCCCGCGGCAAGAGUUUAAACAGUUUUUUUCACUCUAGUCAUCAGCUGGGACUCAGGAGGCAGCAAUAGAUUGGGGGUGGGACCAAA